AUGGCUGCAGACCCUUUCGAUUCGGCGCUGGACCUCCUCCGGCGCCUCGACCCAAAGCACACCACACGGCACUUGAACGGCCUCAUGACCAUCGUGCCGGACCUGACCGAAGACCUGCUCUCCUCGGUCGACCAGCCGCUCACCGUACGGCGCUGCAAGCAAACGGGCCGCGAAUACCUGCUGUGCGACUACAACCGCGACGGCGACUCCUACCGCUCGCCUUGGUCCAACGAGUUCGACCCGCCGCUCGACGAUGGUCCUGGAGGCCUGGGUGGUGUUGGUCCCCAGGGCGGCAACGAAGGAGCCGGAGAGCUGGGCGUCCCGGGCGAGAGGGUUCGCAAGAUGGAGGUCAAGGCAAAUGAGGCCUUUGACGUUUACCGGGAUUUGUACUACGAGGGUGGCGUAUCGAGCGUGUACCUCUGGAACCUGGACGACGGCUUUGCUGGCGUGGUGCUGUUGAAGAAAGCGGCUCCUCAAGGUGGCAACAACGAGGGCGUUUGGGACUCGAUCCACGUCUUCGAGGCGAGCGAGCGUGGCCGAUCGACAACUUACCGACUGACAUCGACCGUGAUACUCACCCUCUCGGCGGGCGGCGGUGACUCGGCACUCGGCGACAUGAACCUGAGCGGAAACAUGACGCGGCAGCUAGAGCAGGACAUGCGAACGGCCGAGGGAGAUGAGAGCCACAUUGCCAACCUGGGUCGCCUGGUCGAGGACAUGGAACUCAAGAUGCGGAACCUGCUGCAGGAGGUCUACUUUGGCAAGGCCAAGGACGUCGUGGGCGAUCUGCGCUCGCUAGGCAGCCUUAGCGAAGGCCAGAGGGAUCGCGAUGCGCAGAGGGAGAUCAUAGGGAGCAUGCAGAGGUGA